AUGAAGAAGUUUCAUGAGAUUAAGCUUCCAUACACCACACACUGUGCCAUUCCCGCCGCCCUCCUGCUUGUGACGUGCCUUGUGAUCCUUGCGUUCGUGGUCCUGCCUGGCCGCGAGCCGCUGCUGCCGCCGUUGCUGACCGAUGGCCACGGCGGUGGCAACCUGUCAUCAUGCAACAUCUUCAAGGGCGAGUGGGUGCCGGACCCGUGCGCACCGCGCUACACCACGGAGACGUGCCCCGUGAUCCACGGCAACUACGACUGCAUGCGCUGCCUCGCAGCCAACGUCACCGACCUCACGCUCCGGUACUCUCUGCGGAUGGCGUUCCAGACCGCGCUCCGCGCAGCCGCGGACGCGCCGCCCGGCGCUGGGCGGCGGCGCUCCAGGUCCAGGAGGACGGUGGUCGUGCGCACGCUCUCGCCGUCGCACUACGAGAACGGGACGUGGAACGAGGACGGCGACUGCGCGCUGGCGCGGUCGCUCCGGCGCGGCGUGUGGGAGAUGAAAGCGGUGGAAAAGGACAUGUACGCGAUACAGGCGGAGGAGUUUGGGGCGGCGAGGAGGGCGAGCGAAGGGACCAGGAUGCUGCUGCUCGAUGCGACGGAGGCAAUGGCGCUGCGGCCGGACGCGCACCCGAGCAAGUAUCGUCCGUGGCAGCCCGACCGGUUCAACGUGUUGCGCGACUGUUUGCACUGGUGCCUGCCCGGCGCCAUGGACGCCUGCAACGACAUGCUGCUCCACAUGUUGCUGCAUUAUAGAAACUAG